ACAUACAUUCCUCCCCUCCUCCCCAACGCUUCUUCUCAGAUUGCAGGCUCAAUCUUCCCCUUGUCAUCGGUUCCUCUUCUCCCACCAUGGAAAGCCGUGGCUUGACCCUCCGGAGCAAGUCCCGCCGCCCCCGGCCUCAGAUCAGUGCUCCGCAACCCAUCUCCGGCCCUCUGCCGACCAACGGCAGUAAGGGUGUCGCUGCUCCUGGACAGAUUACCGCUUCUCCCAGCUCGACUUCUCUGGAACGGGGUCCCCCAAAGGAUGCGACAUCUGAUCUCGUCAAGCGCCGCUAUUCCACCCGUUUCAACCAAAUUCCCGACUUCGAUGCCAGCGCCCCGCCGGUGCCGGGCCUGCCCAAGGCACCAGCCACGUAUGGCGGGCUCAGCCCACCCGAGACCAGUCGGAGACCCUCGACGGAGUCUUCUGGGCCCCCCAAAGUCGAUCUGAAUGCCCUCCGGGAUCCUAGCCUUCCGGUCGAUAAGUACGUCGCCAACCUACUCGCCAAUGCCUCGGAAGAAGAGAUCGAGGAAUACCAGAAGAGCCUCCGGAAGGUCAAGAACCGGACAUCCACCGAUCUGCAGCAAAAUGUGUACCAGAAUCGCACCCAAUUCAUCAAGAUCAGUAAAGAGGCGGAGAAGCUCAAAGGGGAAAUGCGCACCCUCCGCACUUUGAUGGCGGAACUCACUACCGCGCUCGGACAGACCACCGUUGGCAACACCCCGAAUCCCAUGUCUCCCACCGUCGACGAAUACAUGCCCAAGCGCAAUGCCAACCGCAGCUCCGUCGCGAAUCUGGAGAGCAUGUGGAACGUCCAGCUCCAGACCCUCUGGAAGACGGUGGAAGGCUCCCAGAAGUUCCUUCCCGUGGCUCCCGGCCGGCAUAUUGUGAUGGAGACCGGACAUUGGGUUGAGUUAGACUCGGCGACGUGGAAGCCCCGGCGACCGGUUCACAUUGUGCUGCUGAACGACCACCUGCUGAUAGCUGCAAAGAAGCGCAAGCGGGUGGAUCAGAGCAGCCAUCGCGGGCCGGUCCCCACCAAGCUGGUUGCGGAAGAGUGUUGGCCCUUGCAAGAUGUCGACAUGAUUGAUCUCGGCGCUAAUCUCAGCGCGGGGGGCGCUCGAGAAGAAGCGGAAGAUCGCGGGAUAGCGAACGCGAUCAAUGUCCGCGUGGGUGGAAAGCCGUUCACCUAUCGUCACGACAAGCGGGACAGCUCGGCCAAAGGUGAUCUGCUCGCGACGUUCCGCAAGACUGUCGAGGAUCUCCGCCGUACACUCCGCUCGGAAACCGAGGCCGCUAGCAAAUCCACGGAGUCAUUCGGCUACUUGGGCGGCCGGCGCCCCUCUUAUUCCCCCAAGCCGGACCAGUACGACGGUGGCGAAAGCUCGCAUGACCAGCCAGAGGUGCGCAUUGACGUGGACGGGAAACAGCAGAAUCUCCGUUGGGUCGACGGGCAGGUGGACGAGCUGGACAUCGACAUUGCCCUCCAACGGUUCGAGGAGGCCGUGGCCAACAUCGAGCGGCUGCGCAAGCUUGCCAAGGGCCUGAAGGGCAAUGCGGUCGCGCAGGACGUGAUCAACGCCAAGGUCGAUGAGCGCGCCGCCAGCCUGGCUGAGGUUCUCCUGCGAUCGCUUGUGGACACCCACUCGUUCCCGGUGGCCACCAAGAACAAAGUCUCCUGGCUCACGCGUCUGGGCUUUGAAGAUCAAGCCCGGGAGGCUUAUCUCAAGACUCGCACGGAGAUCAUCACCAAACGAAUCCGCGCCUGCAUCUUCGAGGGUGACCUCCCCCUCUACAUCUUUCAAAUCUCCUACGUCUACUUCACCCUGAUCAAGAACACUAUCAGUAUCUACCAACAGUGCUUCCCGCCGGUCAUGUCCAGUGCCAGCAUCCGCUGGGCAAAACACCAUCUUGACGGCUUCAAUGCCCUGCUCACCCGCCAGCUCAGCAGCGUCCAACGCGGCACAACCGUCUGGCAGAAAUGCAUUGACAUUGUGCGCGAACACGCCAAUCUCCUGGCCGAGGUGGGCGUGGACUUUACUGACCUCGUCGCGAAAGACCUGGAGACCGGUGAGGAGUUCACCGAACGACCUCAGAUGACCCGGUCUGAGUCUCUGAUCUCCGGGCUAGCGGACACGGCAGCAGCUGCCAUGAUUAUCUAGAAGCGAUGCGUGUAUAGUUUUUUUUUUUUUUUUUGCCUUUUUU